CACACCUCAGAAGUUAUCGAUUAGUCCACUGCCUGAAGAUUUGGUUACUUCACUCCCUAGCUAAAAUGGCUACUUCUUCUAAGGCAGUGGCAACUAUCGCUCUUCUCCUCUCCCUCAACCUUGUGUUUUUCACAACAGUAAGUGCAACUCAUCAUGUCCCUUGCCCGCCGCCACCACCAGCAGCGGCGGCGACUUGUCCUAAGGACACCCUCAAGCUAGGGGUGUGUGCCAAUCUGUUGAAUGACCUAGUGCACCUUGUUGUGGGCACCCCACCCAAGACUCCCUGCUGUAGCCUCAUUGAGGGUCUUGUUGAUCUUGAAGCUGCUGUGUGCCUCUGCACUGCUAUUAAGGCCAACAUUCUGGGGAUCAAUCUGAACGUGCCAGUCUCUUUGAGCUUGCUUUUGAAUUACUGUGGGAAGGGCGUCCCAUCGGGCUUCCAAUGCGCCUAGAAUAUUGAUUGUGUGGCUCAAUUGGUUAAUUUCAUCUGAUUGAUCAUUUUCAGUAUUUUUCAUGUUCAUUAUUUGGAGUUCUCUUUACUUGUACCGAUGUCGAUUUUAUUUGCUUUUUUUGUUGUUUAAUGUAUCACUCAAAUUUGGGUUGGUUCCAUAGGUUUGGUUGAAUAAAAGAAGGCCAUUAAUCUUUGGCUCUGCAAUACACUUGUGUUUCCUUUCAAAUAUGGAUUCAUGAAAUGUUCCCUCCACGGAAUAUUCUUGUUUAAUUA